AUGGAAAGGGAGAAGCCAAUAAGAUUUACUGGUCAACAACUAAGGAUUGCAACAGAAAAUUAUUCAAACUUGUUGGGCUCAGGUGGCUUCGGAAUGGUUUACAAAGGAAUUUUCAAUAAUGGAAUAAUCGUAGAUGUAAAGGUUCUACGAGGUAGCUCGAACAAGAAAAUUGACGAACAAUUUAUGGCAGAAGUUGGAACAAUUGGUAGAAUUCAUCACUUCAAUCUUGUUAGGCUAUACGGAUUCUGCUUCGAAAGAAACUUGAUAACACUUGUUUAUGAAUAUAUGGACAAUGGAUCACUUGAUAGGUAUUUGUUUGAUGAGAAAAAGACGUUAGAAUAUGAAAAGCUUCAUGAAAUUGCAAUUGGUACGGCAAGAGGCAUAGCUUACUUGCAUGAAGAGUGCCAACAUAGAAUAAUCCACUAUGAUAUAAAACCUGGAAAUAUUCUCUUAGAUAAGAAUUUUUAUCCUAAAGUCGCUGAUUUUGGUUUCGCCAAACUAUGCAACAGGGAAAAUACUCACAUAACAAUGACUGGAGGAAGAGGGACGCCUGGUUACGCCGCACCUGAACUUUGGAUGCCAUUUCCUGUAACUCACAAAUGUGAUGUCUAUAGUUUUGGUAUGCUAUUAUUUGAAAUAAUUGGUAGAAGAAGAAACCUUGACAUUAAGAAUACUGAAAGCCAAGAGUGGUUUCCAAUUUGGGUUUGGAGAAAAUUUAAUGCUGGACUAUUAGAGGAAGCAAUGAUAGUUUGUGGAAUAGAUGAGAAAAAUAGAGAUAUUGGUGAGAGAAUGGUUAAGGUAGCUUUAUGUUGUGUGUUGUGA